CCAAACAAGAACCAAUUAGUCACAAUAAAAUCAGCUUUGAUGACAUUUUCACUCCUGAACUCUGGUAUAAAAUGGUCAUCUAAGAAAGAACUGAAAGGAUAUGUGAGGAAUUUGGUGGUAUAACUGCACAUACAUACAUACACACCGCGGAGCAAAAAAUGAUCAGGUAAAGCUGCAGCAAUUUAAUUGCUAUUUGGGGAAGAAAUGCUGUUUCUGUGUUUAAACAUACGCGUAGAGCUUUGCUUGAUUUCUGUUCCACAUUUUAACUGGUCGCAAUUUGUCUUUGAAGUCUAUGCAGGUUAAACCUUCUGUUCAUCCUUUGGAUCUCAGCGAUGUUUGUGUGCUCGGGUUACCCAGUUGGCCCUUCCAUGAGCAGCAAUCCUUUCUAUUUGAAUUGCCAGCUGUACGGAAAAUCUGAUUACUGCCUGGUGCUGCUGAAUAGCUGCUUAGCCAAGGUGGGCAGGAGCGAAGAGCUGGCUCUCCUGAAGCCCUACCUGGAGAUGCCUUUCAACAAGAGGUCCUUCCGCAACGGUGUGGGAUCGGGUAUUAAAAAAACUUCCUUUCGAAGAGCAAAGUCAUAAGCAAAUGUUCCAAACCCUACUCUCGCUUUUAGCAUCCUGUGCCUAACUUUGUGCUUCAAAAUCACCUUCAUGCUUCUCUCUGAUAAAACUGUCAGAGACAAAUAUCCCCGUGUCUUCAUCUUGUAAACAGAUGUUUAUUUCAAAGAGCACAAGCCAAGUGGAGCAGAUGGAAGCGCUCAGAACGGGCUUUGUUUUCUGGAGUUACAGUAUCAUAAAGUUUUGUAUGGAAAUGAAUGUUUUCAUUUGGUUAAUUCCCCUGCUUUCUAAAGCUACAGAUUCAAUCAGCCGGCUCCUGAUUAGCACAAAGGCAGCAGUCCUGUCCCAACCCCUCUCAUUGCUGCCAGCUGCUGUGGCAGCAUUCACACAGAUCUACAGGGCAUUUAAUUUCUCAUUUCUGAAAGGUGUGAAGGGCCACGGCUGAUACAGGGUCUGGCCCUGCUUGCAGCUCCUGCUUUCUUUGUAAUGUCGUUAUUUAACAUAACUUUGCUGGGAAAUAAUGCCUUCAGAUGUGUGAUCUCAUUUCCAGAGGAGUCCUGGGAAGUCACACUGAGGCAGGGUACCAGCAGCUCCCAUUGCCUCAGCAAAUUGACUCGUGUAGGGAACACACAUCUGAUGCAAUGUGUUUCUGCUUGUGGCUGCAGGUGUGGCACAGUAACUAACAACCUUCUCCUUAGUUCCCUGUAAAGAAUUUCGUAUAAGAUUCAUUUGGUCUGUAAAUAUGUAAGCACUGUGUGUAGGAAUGGCUGUCUGCUGUAUAAGGUUUCCCUUGUGGCUGUAUCUUCUAAAUGCAAUGUUCCAGGCUGUAACCUUGCUUGGAAAAUGUUGUAAAUUAUCUGUGUGGUGCAUUUUGAGCUGAAAUCCAAAUAAAUAAGCGUGUGGACCCUU